AUGAAUACCCGACUUGAAAUCACACUGCAAACAAGCCUGGACAAGCGAGCUAAAAUUGGAAUGCCAGUGCUCGAUCUUCUUCGCCCAGCAGCCUCCACAAACGUUCCCGACUUCUUCUCCAAUGACUACCUUUCCAUCACCACCAAUCCCCAGCUGAACAACAAUGUUCUUAAUGCGCUCAUCUCGUCAAAAAAACUGCUUGGCUCUACGGGCUCCCGUCUGCUCAACGGGAACAGCCCAAGUCACGCAGAGACGGAGAAAUACCUCCAGUCCCACUUCAACGCCUCCGCAGCUCUCAUGUUCACCUCCGGUUACGAUGCCAACAUCGCGUUCUUCGGGUGCGUGCCCCAGGCAGAGGAUAUCAUUGUCUUCGACGAACUCCUUCACGCGUCGGCGAGGGACGGGAUCGCUGCAGCGCGGACGCAUGACGCAUACCCCUUCUCCCACAACUCUGUCGCGUCUUUCGAGAACUGCAUAGCCGAGCUCUUGAAGAAGCGUCCGGAGAUUUUGGCCGGAAAAUCGACAGUUUUUGUCGCAGUGGAAAGCUUGUACAGCAUGGAUGGGGACUUCUCUCCUUUACCGCAGAUCAUUGAGACUCUCCAUCGGUAUAUACCGAAGGCGUAUAGUCAUAUGUUUGUGGAUGAGGCACAUACGACCGGAUUGUACGGCCCGAUGGGCCGGGGGUAUGCGGAACAGUUGGGAUUGCAGAACGAGGUAGACACAGUCCUUCAUACAUUCGGAAAAUCAAUAGGCUUGUCGGGAGCCGUCAUUCUCACAUCGCCAAUUAUCCGGAAGUACCUCGUCAAUUAUGCUCGACCUCUGAUCUACACGACGUCGAUGCCCCAUCUCCACCUCAUAGCCAUCAGAAGCUCGUUCGAGUUGAUUUCGGGAGCUGAAGGGGACAGGCUUCGGAAACAGGUUUGCGAACGCAGUCAGUACUUUGCUACAAAGCUCCAGCAAGCUUUGAAAGGCGUUCCGAAAUCCGUCUUGGCGAUGUGUGCGACUGACAGAAACAAGGACCCUCUCGUAUCGCCAAUGUUCCCUUUGCUCACGAACCAGCCGCUGAAGUUCGAGGAAUAUCUUAAUUCAAAAGGAUAUCCGGCGCAGGCGAUUCCUUUCCCCAUCGUGCCGAGAGGCCAGGAGCGCGUUCGAGUGGUGAUCCAUGCAGAAAACACCCUCAGUGAUAUAGACGUAUUCGUUGGUAUCCUCCUAGACUGGGGGAUGUCUCAAUGGUAUUCGAAGGGUAAGGAAGUCGGGGCCGUGUCACUGUCUGAACCUAGUCCCAAAGCAAUGCUGUAAAGGACUGACGCAGUGUAUCUGAGUGAAGAUUAGACGAUCUUCACGGGAUAAUGUAUAUAUUCGGCUGGCGGUACCAGGUCAAUACCACUGAGCAUGUAUCGCCGAAAAUAAGAAACGACAUACUUCCAGUUAAAUUAUGUAGUCAA